AUCAUGACAAAUAACAAAUAUUUAUUUUGUCAUGCAUACUAUCAUGGCCUAUUAGUAAUUUACUAAUUUGGCAUCUUAAUUAAUUAUAAUUAUAAUUUAAUUAAAUAAUAAACUGUCUAAAAUAAAAAUAUUUGUUACAACUCUAGUCAAUACUCUCUGUAUAUUAAUAUAUUUUGUAACUUCAUCAUAAAUAAUGGAUGUGUCAUCAAAUCCAACAACUUCUCAAGCAAAUGAAACUGAAAGUCAGUAUCCAGAAGUAAGAAUUCGUCAAAAUCCACAGACUCAUAAUGUACAUGAUGGAAAUCAAACUGAACAUAGGCCACCCCAUAAUUGGAGAACAAGUAUUAAAAAGGAUGAAAAGCUGAAUAUCUGUCGUACUUAUUAUAUUGCAGGAUUUUUCUUGUUGCCAUUUUUUUGGUUGGUAAAUUUUGUAUGGCAUUAUAAUGAUGCUUAUCUAGCUGAACCAUUUGAAGAACAGCCUCAAUUUCAGCGUUAUGUUUUGAGAUCUGGUAUUGGCUUUAUUUUCUGGUCUGUGUUACUUAUUGGUUGGGUGUUUUACUUUCAAACGCAAAGGAAUUAUUAUAACUGGGACUAUCUAACCUUUAAUUUCCCUACCGGUUCUGCUUAAAUUGAUUGUGGAGUUAAACUAUUCUCUAAUACUAAAGUAUUUUAUUUUUAUACCUAAUCUUUAAUAACUAUUAAUGUAAAAAUAAAAAAAUAAUGUUAAUAUGAUUUUUAUAACAAAAAAUAUUAUUUUUAAUUCAAUACCUGUCAAAAUUGUAGAUCAAAUAUUGAUAUUAUGCAUUGUAUGUAAUUAUAACUGUUAAUUUGUCCUAAUUAAAAAUAAACGAUAAUUCAAUA